AUGUUGACCAUACCCUGGAGUGCGCUCACGGGAUGGGGCACGCCCCAGAUUUAUCCAUAUCAGGAGCUAUCGAUCAAUCCUGCAGCGACCGUCCUGCAUUUCGCGCACUGUUUGUUUGAGGCGUUCAAAGCUUACAGGGAUCCUUCUGGAAGGGUUCUGCUCUUCAGACCAGACAUGAACAUGAAGCGCAUGAAUAGUAGCGCGGCACGUCUCACCAUGCCGACGUUUGAUGGCGAAGCGCUGCUUGAGCUGAUCAAGCGGCUGGUCCAUCUCGAGAAGGAUUGGAUACCUACAGAGCCAGGAUAUAGUUUGUACGUUCGCCCGUCAAUGAUCGGCACUGAACCUACCCUCGUUGUGAAACCCCCGAACGAAGUACUGCUUAUGGUGAUAUGCAGUCCCGUAGGGCCGUAUUACCCGCAAGGCUUCAAGCCUGUGUCAUUGUACGCAACAGCGGAAUACGUCCGAGCAUCUCCUGGCGGUGUCGGCGCAUAUAAACUUGGAGCAAACUACGCACAGUCUCUGUACGCUCAGAAAGAGGCCGAGAAGCUUGGAUAUGCUCAGGUUUUGUGGCUGCGUGGCCCCGAGCAUUACAUUACGGAGGUGGGCACCAUGAACGCGUUCGCGGCCUUCAAGCAUCCAGACGGAGCGGUUGAGCUCGCCACGCCUCCCCUGGAUAGUGGCUUGAUCCUUCCGGGAGUGACGCGCGAUUCGGUCCUAACCCUCGCACGAGAUCAUGCUUCGGGCAAGGCGAAGAUUGAAAACCUGCCGGAUCAGCUCGUGGUAGCCGAGCGUCACAUCCUGAUGAAGGAAGUCGCGGAAGCGGUGAAGGCAGGCACUCUAGUGGAGUUCUUCGGUACAGGCACGGCUUCCGUGGUCACUCCGGUGGAAAGGAUCAACUACCUUGGCGAGGACAUCACUUUACCUGUCGGAUCUGAUGGAAUGGGACCGGUGUCUCGUCCACUCUGGCACCAGUUGAUAGGUAUACAGACCGGGAAGACUUCUCACCCGUGGAGCAUAGUGGUUUGA